GUCCAUGUGUCACACGAGUGGGUUAUAAAACACACACCGGUUUUAACAAGCUUUCAUAACAUUUGCCAGUAUUUUAUUUUCUGAGAAUAAUUAUUAAGGCAAGGUCUACAAUACAGUGCAGGAACUUGAGGUAGACAAUGAAGAAAGUUGCUAUAAUUGGAGGCGGUAUCAGCGGGAUAGCCACCGCCUAUAACUUAUGGAAGAAAGGAUUACCCGGAAGUCACAUUACCAUGUUUGAAGCCCGUGAUAAGCUAGGCGGCCAUUCUAGAUUAUUCCAUCACCCUAAUCUGUCACGACCCGUCGAUGUCGGAUUCCAGGUCUUUAACCUCAACACAUAUCCACUGCUGCUGCAGUUCUUCCGAGAACUUGAUGUGGACAUCUGCGAUUCCGAUAUGUCCUUCUCCGUUGAGAACGAAUCGUUCGCCUGGGGAUCCAAAUCCGGCCUGUGGUCGCUCUUUGUAGCUUUUCUCCAGGCCCCUAUCCAGAUGCUGAAAUUCUUGUGGACCCUGUUCUGGUUCUUUCGGGAUGCCCGCUCUUACAUUCAGGGUGUUGAUUCUGGGCAGCAUAAACACGUUUCAAUAGGAGAAUUCUGUAGAGAGAGAAAGUAUUGUGACGAAUUCAUGCAAGGGUAUUUAAUACCGUUUACUGCCAGCGUCUGGUCCGCCACGUCUGACAACUCAGAGGACUUCGAUGCCUUCACCAUAUUUACCUUUAUGGCGAAUCACCACCUACUGGAGUUCCGAAAUCUCAAAUGGAAAACGCUGACCCAUACUUCAGAGAGUUACAUCAACGCUUUUCUUCACAAAUGUAAGCCUAUUGUUAAUCUAAAGAAAAGAGUUGCGUCAUUGAAACAAAAUGAUAACUUAAAAUGGCGGAUAAACGAUUCGGAAGAUGAAUAUGAUGAUGUGGUUUUAGCUCUUCACGCCCCGGAUGUAAAACAUAUCCAUAUCGAGGCUACUUCAGGAGACACGGACGAGCUAGUAAAGAAAAUGGCAUCCGUUCGCUUUGAUGACAAGUAUGUUAUCAUCCAUCAAGAUACAUCGUUAAUGCCAAGAUCUAAGUUAAAUUGGAGUAGCUGGAACUUUAACCAUGGCGUGGUUACGUACUGGGAGAAUUCUCUACAACCAAUCGGCUUCCAUUUUGAUGUUUUUGUUUCUAUUAUUCAUAAAGAAAUCAUGAAGGAGAUAGAAAUCGAUCAAGAUAAAUAUCUAGCAAAACCAAUCAUUAUGGCGCACCCAGCUUAUGGCUUGGAAAAUAUUCAGCUCGCUAAAGAUAUCAGAAACUUACAAGGCUGUAAUGGACUCUAUGUUUGUGGAGCUUAUCUAGGUUACGGCUUCCACGAAGAUGGUUACAGAAGCGGUUACGAAGUUGCUCAGUUAAUUGGUGACCGGGCUGUUGAUAUGUACGAAUCGGUCAUCACUUACAACCGAUCGGUCGAGGAUACCUAUUCUAAGAGAAUGCUGCAGUCUUUGUCCGAUAACAUAGCGUUAGGAGCACUCAAGCAGUUAUUGGCUAGUAACAUCAAAAAGGGCUGCAUCGGCAUUCAAACGCCUGGAUAUGGCAUAGAAUUCUUUGGCGAGAUUGGAGUACCGACAGUUUUGGUUGAUGUUAGGAAUCCUAGUUUAGCCUGGAAGUGUCUGCUACAAGGAGAUAUAGGUCUGGCAGAAGCCUAUAUUGAUGAAAGUUUGCGUGUUGACAAUCUGCCAUUGUUGUUAUUUUAUCUGGUGAUUAAUACCUACCCUGCUCCACAAACCCUUACAUGGCGUCCCCUCGUCUUCUUCUUCACCAACAUGUGGCCGAGGAUCGGAUACACCCAGCGGUUGAAAAAUACCCCGGCCGUCUCGAAACAAAACAUCAUUGAGCAUUACGAUCUCGGAAAUGACUUCUUCGAGACUUUCCUCGAUUCAACCAUGACAUACUCGAGUGGCAUCUUCUUAAAGCCGUCGGAUGAUUUGGAGACCGCGCAGUUACGGAAGUACGAUCGCUUGCUUGAUUUGCUUGACGUGCCGGAAGGGGGUCAUAUUUUGGAAAUAGGAUGCGGAUGGGGAGGAAUGGCCGUGCGAGCUGCCAAAACACGCAGAUGUUUCAUGAGCUGUAUCACCAUCUCACCAGAACAAGCUAAAUAUUGUCGAGAGCUUGUCCUCAAACACGGUCUACAAGAUUCAGUGAAGAUCUACGAGAUUGAUUUCCGGGAUAUCCAAACGGAGUUUGCGCAUUUGAAAUUUGAUGCCGUCGUGUCUAUAGAAAUGAUCGAAGCGAUAGGUCCUGAUAAUUACGACCUAUACUUUAAGACAAUAUCCGGUGUACUGAAAACGUAUGGAAAGGUCGCCAUCCAGGCCAUAACGCGAUUCGAAGACCAGUACGAACAAAACAAACGCGAACCAGAUUUCAUCAACCAAUAUAUUUUUCCUGGGGGUUGUCUCCCUUCGCUGGGAACUAUCUCCCAACAUGCCACGAGGAACGGUCUUGUUAUUUCGGAAGUUUACAAUAUAUCGGAUAGCUAUGCCAGGACCCUGGCUAUUUGGAGGGAACAAUUCAAUCGUGCUACCAAAAAACAGGACUUUAAAUUUGAUCAUAAGUUUAUUCGAAUCUGGAAUAUGUACUUUUCAAUGUGUCAGGCAGCGUUCGAGGCCAAUUCAAUUCAAGAUUUCCAAAUCGUUUUUGAAGCAAUGCGAGUGGAUAGUAGUAAAUUUUUGUGACAUGCAACUGUUAAAUCGAGUACCACGCGAGGAAGUUGAUCAGAUCGGGUGUGUGUAUAUUAUAAACAAACAAACCUCUCCUUAUUCUAAACCGAAAGUCUGUAAUCAUUAGUAUCAAGGAAACGGAAUUGACUAUGUCAUAGAGAGAGAGAGAGAGAGAGAGAGAGAGAGAGAGAAAUGUGGUUUAACGUCCACUCGACACAAACUAGGUCAUUUCGGGACUAACAUAUGGUUUAAUUAUAGUUCAACAAUUCGCUUGCGCAUAGGGGUCUUUAGCAGUGGGAGGAAACCGGAGGACCGGGAGAAAACCCACGAGGUUGGACAGGCGACCCUACUCCUUGUCACGUACAACCGGGGAUUGACUAUGUCAUAGACUAGAAUUUGUGCAACAUUAGAUUUUACACUAUGACCUACUCUUAACAUCGAAAUGAAAUGAAAAUGAAAUGAAAAUGAAAUGAAAUGAAAAUGAAAUGAAAUGAAAAUGAAAUGAAAUGGGGUUUAACGCCAUACUUACUAUUCUGCUCCGAACUGGGCUAAUGAAGGCGGGCAUACGUCAUACAGUGUGCUAUGAGGGAAAUUUUGGUCGGACAGCGGCUCUACGGCCUACUCUUAUAUCGAAGUCCAACUGUCAAGGGAUCUUUUACAUGCACGCCAAUGUGUACACGGGACCUCGGUUUUUCAUUCCAUCCGAACGACUAGGGUUCUUUAUGGUUCACGCAAUUGUAUACAAGUGGUUUUGUAUAUUGUACUAUCCGAACAACUAUACGCCGUCCGGCACCAUUGAUAGAUACCGUGCCGGAAGGUAAUCUGACGAAUCACUGUCUCAAUAAACAUCUAUCAUUAUCCAACAUCUUUUUAAAAUGAAUUUCCAUUUUUUGCUAAUGUUUAGCAUGUUUUAUUGUUAUUAUAAUAUUGGGUUGAUUUUUCAAUGUUUUCAUGUGCCGUAAAAUGAAAUGUUUCUACUCUUAAAUAUACAUUAUGGAAGAUUGGAUAAAGAGCUGGCAGUUCUCACUAUAAUAGUUAAAUGUUAGAUAAUGUAAAGGGAAUAUGCUAAAGAGUUCAGUCACUAUAGCCUCGAUUGUCAUUAUUGCCGCUGUCACGAUAAUUAACAAAGUCUCGAUUAUCUAUUUUUGCGUUUAAUCAUCAACGGACGUUAAACAGCAGAUCGGAUUCAAAUCCCAUGAAAAUCGAACACAUAAGAUGACAUCGAGAGUUGAUUAUGGUCUUUGCAUGUUAAUAAAUGUCUAGUUAAUAAUUUAUAUAACAUUUCAGGCCUAAAGAAAGACCUGCAAUAGACAGAUUUAGCUCUUGCAUUAUGUAUGUUUAACAUUCAAAUUUUAUAUAACAAAAUGGAAACAAACCUACCUAUUAUAUUUUGUUAUUUUGUCAUGUAUUGGGUUGAUUUGUUCAUGAUAUUUAUGUUUUCUUGGAUUUUUUUGAAGUUAUAAUGCAACUUUUUAUUCUGUUGCGGUGUUACGGCCGAGGGUUUUGUUGAUAGAAGGGUGUGGUAUUUAGGAUUGUCUCCCUUAGAUUUUAAUACAAAUAUAAAAAACCUCCCGACUUCCCUGUCAUCAAGCAUGAUGCUGUAUUUCACGAGGAACAGCCAUUCGUCUUGUUUUUAUAACAGACUGAUUUUGUUCAUUGUGUUCGGAGAUUUUCCAAUGCCUCUGAGAGGCAUUAGUGGCUCUAAACCAACCUGAUGAUGAUUCUCCACUAUUUCGUAUCGGUCCCGUGGAAGAAUUAAAGAAUUAAUACCAAUUAUCUGGAUUAUAUAAUCUAGUGGUACUGAAAUCCAUAUUAUGCCAUUUGAAUGUGGCAUUCAUUGUGUAUAUAAUGAUCAUAGUAUUAUAUUUAAAUCUUUACCCAAAUUUUAUACAAAGAAUUGUGUAUUUAUAGUAAAAUAAACCAUGUGUUUUACGUUUUAA